GCUGCGUGUUUCCGGAAGACGUGGCGGCUGCUGCCAGGGUUGAUUUCCCUUACAUCCCUCCCGGCACUAUUCGCGUUCCCCCAAGUCGCUGCCGCCACCGCCACUGCCACCGCCACUGCCACCGCCGCAGCCAUGAUCUCCUUAACGGACACGCAGAAAAUUGGAAUGGGAUUAACAGGAUUUGGCGUAUUUUUCCUAUUUUUUGGAAUGAUUCUCUUUUUCGACAAAGCACUACUGGCUAUUGGAAAUGUAUUAUUUGUGGCUGGAUUGGCGUUUGUAAUUGGUUUGGAAAGAACAUUUAGAUUUUUCUUCCAGAAACACAAAGUUAAAGCUACAGGGUUUUUCCUGGGUGGAGUAUUUGUAGUUCUUAUUGGUUGGCCUUUGAUAGGCAUGAUCCUUGAAAUUUAUGGAUUCUUUCUUCUAUUCAGGGGAUUCUUUCCUGUGGUGGUUGGCUUUAUUAGAAGAGUACCCGUCCUUGGAUCUCUCUUGAAUUUACCUGGAAUAAGAUCAACUACAUAGGCUCAGAAGAGAAUCCACACUAAUGCUUGUAGAUAAAGUUGGAGAAAGCAACAAUAUGGUAUAACAGCAAGUGGACUAAAGAUUACGUUAAAAUGCAUUAUUUAAAAAGCCCCUUUGAAGACUAUUCAGCACAAAAUUAAAUUACACAAAACAGCUUAUAACAUCUUUUACAUAAGUUUAUAAUGUGUUGUCUGCAAAGUACCUACAGUAAUGAGCAACGAAGCAAUGAAAAGGUGCUUGAUUCCAAGACAAGUGACUAAGAAUUCAGCAAGUGAACUGAAGAAGGGGGAAUGCCAUGUUACAAUCUAUAUUGAAACUGUUGAAAGUUAUUUUUAUUGUUUUUUCACAAUGUG